AUGGAGGCGCAUUACCUGCACCUAGCAAAUCUUGAUUAUCUCAAGAAGGAGCUGGACCACACAGUAGCGACGCUGGACAGACUGUCCCGAAAGGGCCUUUUGGAUCCUACCAGAGAUUACAGAACUCUCACCAACCGUGCCGCAAAGUCGCUCACAAACGCCGCCGGACGCUUGGUUUCCAAAGAUCCAGACGCAGUGCUACACAAUGGUCAUCGGGAAUGGAAUGCGGCGGACGCCAGUCGAUGGGCGAAUCACGUUCACCUGGAAGCCGAUGAACUUGAGACACGUGGCCAGAUGUACUAUGGCAAGAGACCACAAGAUGACGAGGACGCGAAUGAGGAGGUGAUCGCACACAUGAACGGAACGAUCCAGAAAUUGAAAGAUCGUCCUACACCACCAGGUACAGAUGUAUUGCAAGAAUUUCUUCAAUUGAGGCAUGUUUCCGAUGGGCUACGAAGCCAGAUCAUAUCCGAGCAGACUUUACCUGUUCUAGUGAACAGGAUAUACGAUGAUCUUGCCGUUGCACACCCUCCUAGGGUGAGCGCUGCACCAUCCACAAGAAAGAAUAAGAAUACCAUCAAAUGGGAUCAUUCAUUCUCAGAUAUCGAAGGUGCAAGAGCACGACUCAGUGCCUCCAAAAGGUGGCCCGGGGAUGUGAGGUCAUUCCAUAGACUUGAGGCGUCCGUGGACGAAUUACAUACGGUUCUCUCGGAAGAGCACGAAAAGAUGUUCCAACGUCGGCAUUAUCAGCAUCUCUUCAACCACCCUGACGGUGCCAAUGUGGAGAUGUAUAACUCCUCGCGAAUCGGGGAUCUGGGGGAGCUAUUGACAAACAGGAUAAAGCACCUUCACGGAUCGCUGAAUAACUUGAAGGAUGGAUGGACUCAGGUGACUGGUCAUCCCGGAGAUUUCUCCGUAGAACUGGGAGACCCGCAUGAUACUAUGGAAGACUCGGGCAUUGCCAACUUUGGGAUCCCGGGCUAUAUGAUUCUUCAUUCCAACGGCUUCGACCGUGUAUCACAAAAACUCGACACCCUUGUGGAAGGUUUCAAGUACGAACCGGAGACGACUGUGUUUCGCCCCUCCAUCGCCCAAUCAUACUUGCGUAGUCUGGUUGGCUUGCGAGAUCAGGUACAUGCUCGUUAUGACGACUUCUUGAGGAAUUAUUCUCGUGGUGGCGAUGUACUUGAAGAAGGCGCCGAACGAACAAAGCUGCUCGACAACUUCAAUCGCACAACUCGCCAAUUGAUGGCCUCCAAUCGAGAUGCCGCUAGAAGCUUGGUCAUGAAGAACGACCAAACAAGCAGGAUUGAAACCAAAUAUGAUGAGAAGAUCGAGAGCUUGGUCCGCAGCCUACAUAACAAAGUCAAAGAGGGCCGUGAUGAGUAUGAAAGGAUCCACGACGAGGAAGGUACCAGUCAAAGUCGUGUCGACUCGUAUCGAGCCAGCGCAGAUUUCUGUGCAGCUGAAGGCUUUCUGAAAGAGCAUUACCCCACCGGUAAUGAUAAUAGUAACGCGAAAAGCCAGCAGCAACAGAGACAGCUCGACGUUAUCGCCGCCAAGCAAUUCCUCGAUAUGGCUUGGGAAGCCUCAAGAAACACAGAGGAGGAACCGGUCGAAGAGCUUCUUGACGAGAUGUCACUUGCGCCCCCCGAACAGGAUCGCCCGACGGCGCAGCUAAGUCUUGAGACUGGUCACACCGCAACCUCCGAGCCUUGGAAGUCAGCGUUCAACUGGGCUGACGAUGAGGACGACGAGGAAUGGUGGAAAGAGGAGAUGAGCAAACUCUCCAAACCCAAGACUGGCCAGUCCAACGAGGAUGAGACCCUAGGCGCUCCCUCGACUAGCGGCGAAAGAUCAGACGUGUCGGUGCCAGCGACCGAAAGGGCGAAUGCGUGGCUUGGUUCUGUUCCGGCUUCCAGGCGUCUCUUUGGUUGA